UUGCAACAAAACUGUCAUGAUAAUAGUGAAGAAAAUAUGUUUAGGACAAUGGAUAUGGAAAAUAAAAUAUGACCAAAUUUCAAAAAUAUUCCUUCAUUACUGAAAUGGGACACUCUGUACUAAUGGACUGUGAUUGGUCAGAUUAAGUCAACUGAUUCAUCAUUUGCAAAUAUUCAAGAGACAAGUAACCGCUUCCGGGUAACCGCGCCACAACUGAUCUAUCCUGCAAGGCUAAUAUGGAUAGAAAGAGUGAAUUUGACUACUUAGCUAAACAAUUCCUCCCUCACUCAGUGUUCACUUUAAUGAACUAGUAUGAGCCAAAUACAUGUACUGUAUUCCGGCUUGAUAAGAGAUUUUCUGAUAAAAAACGUUAAUUUAUGAGAUCUUAUCAAAGCCUUGCCCUUAUCUUGUGAAAAAUUAUCAACACUGUAUCAUUCCCAAACCAAAAAUGUACAAGGCAACGUCGUUAAUUUUUGCAGCAGCUCUCUUAGGGCUCGCUUUGGGCCAGUUGGAAGAAUAUGUCGUUGUUAACACUACUUUGGGUCAGGUUCGAGGGGAGGUCGAGGACUUCGUUGGCUGGUUCCCAACUGUGGGAGUUGAGAAUAUCAUGACUGCUACAGAAUGGGCAGGUAUUCCUUACGCACAGCCACCAGUAGGUGAUUUAAGAUGGCAGCCGCCUGUAGUCAUGGAUCCAUGGACUGGGGUAAGAGAUGCUUUAGAUUUCAAUGUGAUUUGCUACCAGAGAGACAUCGAUUCGUAUUAUGGAGUGCCAGUUGAAAUAUCUGAAGAUUGUUUGUAUCUGAGCGUCUGGACGCCAGGUGACGCUGUCGAUCCAUCAAAUUUGAACCUCAGCGUCAUGUUCUAUAUCCAUGGUGGAGCGUUCCAGUUGGGCACCGGAAUGAACCCUCUCCAGUUUGGUGGUUACUUGGCCGCAGAUCAGAACGUUGUGGUUGUCGGCUUCAACUACCGCCUAGGGGUAAUGGGGUUCUUCUCCACCGAGGAUGACACUGCUCCUGGUAACUACGGACUCAUGGACAUCAUUGAAGCGUUGCGAUGGACUAAAGCUAACAUCCGGAACUUUGGAGGCAAUCCUGACUCAAUUACCAUAUUUGGACAAUCGGCAGGUGGAGCUGCUGUUACAUACCUUAUGACGUCACCCGCCGCAAAUGGUUUGUUUAACAGAGCCAUUAGCCAGAGUGGAGUCGCUACCAUGUACUGGGCCCAAUCACGUGAUUACCUACGAGAGUUGUCAGCGACACUUGCAACUGAAAUGAACUGUCCACCAGAUAACUCCCCUGCCAUGGUUACGUGUCUAAAAGGCAGGGAUCCCUGGGAAGUAACUAACACAUCUCUCAAAAUAAACCUAGAUAUGCAAUCGACCCGUGACGACACACAGAGCGUAUUUGCGCCUAGAGUUGAUGGCAACAUUGUACCAGAUGACCCACUUACGCUCGUCACCAAUGGUCAGUUUCAACCAGUAGAUUUUAUGACAGGCAUCACAAAUCACGAGUCAUGGCCGUAUAGACACAUGUGGUAUAUCAUGAUCCCUGGAAUCAGACGCUGGGUGGAGCGUGGGAUUAAUUCGGACGAUUUUGACCACCUGACGGCACAUUGGAUGCGAUUCCUUAACUACCCUGCCCGACGCACUGAGGUCUUGGCGGCUAUAAAACAACAAUAUGAUAUUAAUUUCGAUGAAGACGUUGACAGCUUAGUUAGAUCGGCGGGAUACAUCGACUUUCUUUCAGAUUUUCAGUUUAUCGCACAUAACGACCGAUACGCAAGAUUAUACUCUAGGAACGCUGGUUCAAGCAAUGUCUAUAAUUACUACUUCUCGCCAUUUGUCUCGCGAGAUCAGAGAGUCAUCUGGGAGGCCACCGUGCCAAACUGGAUCUACGCAACUCACGCUGAUGACGUCGGUUUUGUAUUUGGCAAGGCGAAAUACACGAUGGAAGAUCUCGUCACAACAGAAGAACGCUUACUAAGUGACGAAAUGAUGAGAACUUGGUCGAACUUUGCGAAAACAGGGAGCCCGGGGAGUUUGAACGACGUCGCAUGGCCAGCGUUCACAGAGGCGAAUCCCUCAUAUCUGGAGAUUACUACACCUUUAGCCAACGUCCGGGUUAUAGAUUCAUUCUACCCAGAGCGCAUGAGUUUUUGGCGUGACCAUGUCUGGCCUGUACUGGAUCAACCGUCUGCUGACGAUGGAUCUGUUAAAAUUAUAACUACUGUAGCGUAA